AUGAGAAUAGAAGAGCUGCAAAUCAGUCUAGAGGCGCAAGAGUUGCGUCUGACUGAAAUAACUUCUGAGAGGGAAGUUGAGCAUGUUCUGAAAGCUUCUUUUGUCAAGAAGGACCAUAAGCAGGAAAUACAUGAAGCAAAAAUAUCCAUAGGAGAUUCUGAUGAUGAACCUGUGCUAUUAAUGGCUUAUGAAUCUGAUGAGGAACCCUUAGAAGAUGACUAUGAAGUUGAAGACAAGUCAGAAUUCGAAGGUGAUUCUGAGUUUGAUGGAGAAUCAGAAGAUGAGUUAGAAUCGGAAGAAGAAUAUGCUUCUGAAGAAAAAUCAGAAUUUGAAGGUUCUGAAGAUGAGUCAGAACUCGAAAGUUCAGAAGGUGAGUCAGAUUCUGAAGGUGACUCUGAGGAAGAAGAAGGAGACUCCAAAGAUGAGUCAGAUGGUGAAUCUGAUUCUGAUCCAGAUUUUGACGAUGGUCCAGAAUCUGGUGGUGAUCAAGUUUCUGGAAGGGAAAACUCCGAAGAUGUGGGUUUUGGAGGACAAGCUUAUGGAGAUGAUCGUGUUUCUGAUGGUAAUCAUGACAUUGAAGGUGGAACUUCUGAAGGAAGAGCUUCUGAAGCUAAUUCAUCCUCUGACGGUGGUCAUGAUUCUGAAGGUGGAACUUCUGAAGAAGAAGCUUCUGAAGGCGAUCCAACUUUUAAAGGUGGUACUUCUGAAGGUAGUGGUUCUGGAUGA